AAUAAUAAUAAUAAACUAUGAUUUUGAAAAAAGAAAAAACUAUGCAUCAUAUGGAAUUCGUAGGAUGAACAAGAAGAAGAAAAAAAUAAAAUAAAAUAAAAGCAUGGGAGGGGAACAGAAGAAGCUUGAGGGCGGUAACUCAUCCUCCUCAUCACCAACGGCGUCGUCGUCGUCGUCGUCGUCGUCAUGUUUUUCACAUUUCUGGUCCUCGGCACUCAGAGUGAAGCCCCUAACCCAUCCGACGGAGGUCUCCGUCCGUACAAAUUCAGGCGACGGUCUGGUUCGUCGGCUCGGCAUGUUGGAACUCGUCCUUAUUGGUGUUGGUGCAUCCAUCGGCGCCGGAAUCUUUGUGGUAACCGGAACCGUUGCUCGUGAUGCCGGCCCUGGAGUCACCAUUAGUUUCCUUUUAGCUGGGCUAUCGUGUGUGUUAAAUGCACUCUGUUACGCAGAGCUGGCUACUCGUUUCCCUGCCGUCGUUGGGGGAGCAUACCUUUAUACUUACUCGGCUUUCAAUGAACUCACUGCGUUUAUUGUUUUUGCACAAUUGAUGGUUGACUAUCAUAUUGGAGCGGCUAGCAUAGCCCGAAGCUUGGCGAGUUAUGUAGUUACCGUUUUCGAACUCUUUCCAUUUCUCAAAGAUAAUAUUCCAGACUGGAUUGGACAUGGGGACCAAGAGUUUUUUGGAGGAGCUUUAUCUAUCAACAUAUUGGCUCCAAUUCUGCUUGCACUCCUCACCAUGGUUCUUUGUAGGGGUGUUGGUGAAUCCUCUGUUAUAAAUUCAUCCAUGACUACAUUAAAGGUUGUUAUAGUUAUUAUAGUCAUCUGUGUUGGUGCUUUUGAGGUUGAUGUUUCAAAUUGGACCCCUUUUUCACCGAAUGGUUCUAAGGCAAUAUUGACUGGAGCUACUGUUGUAUUCUUUUCGUAUGUUGGAUUUGAUGCAGUAGCUAAUUCAGCUGAGGAAUCAAGAAGACCACAGCGAGACUUGCCAGUAGGAAUCAUGGGUAGCCUUCUAAUAUGUAUUUCUCUGUAUAUUGGUGUCUGUUUAGUCAUUACUGGAAUGGUGCCCUACUAUUUACUGGGAGAAGAUGCUCCACUGGCUGAAGCUUUUACAUCCAAGGGUUUAAAAUACGUUACCGUUUUAAUCAGCAUAGGUGCUAUUGCUGGACUAACAACAACCCUUUUAGUUGGUCUCUAUGUUCAGUCUCGGUUAUACCUUGGCCUUGGAAGGGAUGGCUUACUGCCUUCCAUAUUUGCUAAAGUACACCCAAAAAACCACACCCCAGUUCAUUCUCAAGUUUGGGUUGGAAUUGUUGCUGGAACGUUGGGAGGGCUGUUUAAUGUGCAUGUGCUUUCACACAUUCUGUCAGUUGGGACAUUGACAGGCUAUUCUGUUGUAGCAGCCUGUGUGGUAGUUCUUCGCUUGAAGGAUAAGACAGGAAGUCAAGUGUCUUCCUCAGCUUCAAGGGAAGGUGUAAUCUGCCUGUCCACGAUUGCCUGCUGUGGUUUUAUUGCUGGAUUGUUCUACCGUGUCAAUGUUACAUUUAUUUUACUGCUUUUGGCUACUGUGGUGGCCAUACUUGCUAUUGUUGCUCUAUACUUUCGCCAGGUUUAUGCAGAUCCACCGGGGUUUUCGUGUCCUGGGGUUCCCAUUGUGCCUGCUGUUUGCAUCUUCUUUAACAUGUUUCUAUUUGCACAGUUACACCAUGAAGCGUGGGUGAGAUUUGUGAUACUCAGUAUUAUAUCAAUUGUUGUUUACGCAUUGUACGGGCAGUAUCAUGCUGAUCCAAGUUCAGGUGAGACUAUAAUUUAUCACAGAACACCUGGAGAAGAAGCUCCUUAAAUCAAUUCAUUUAGAAAUUUCACGUGCAUCUCAGCAGUCCUGUUAUUUGUCUGUUGUAUCAAAAUUAUAUUGUACUACAUAUUAGUCAGAAUUUUUAUUAUUUUAUGUAUUCGAUAUUCCUGUAAUAAAAAUAAAAUGUUACUGAAGCCGUUCCCCAAAAAAAAAAAAAAAAAAUCCGAGGGCCUGCUAAGAUUGGUGGCUUAUUUAAGCGACUGAAAGCUGCAAAGAGCCGCAGCUAAGUCUUAUGAUGUGAUUAUUCUGUUAGAAUUCAUCAUCACAUAUGUAUACAUAUAAAUAUGUACAUGUAUAUGUAUUUGUAGGCCAAAAAACAUGUUUAUAUAUGUAUAACAUUUAGCUGUGACAAUAAGAAUGCCCCUAAAUAUCUUGUUAUGA